UUGCAGUUGUGGAGGAAGGAUGGUGUGCGUUUCCUCCGCUCUAAAGGCAGGAUCCUUGAGAAAACUAACCAGUGUUUAGAUUGCCCCCACAGGACCUUCAGGAACCAGAAGUCCUUUUAUAUAUCCUGAGUGUGAUUCAGGGUAUGCCCUGAUUGCGACGUUAUGACGUCAUCGUGGUGAUUUGUAGCCGUAGAUUAAAGGUGUCGCUUUUUCGCUGAAUCGGAAUGUGUCCAAAUGUAAAAAUGACUGCCCAGAAAUUCAGGCCUCUUUGUAUAUAGCUAGUGUUAGAUAUCCAAAGGAUUAGGCUUCGGCGACUUCCAAAAGUUUUGGAAUUAUAAUAAUAUAUAGAAUAAAUACAUGAUUAUGUAAAUGUAAAUGUAACUGGCGCCAAACCGUGAUGAUAAAAAUGUGAUGUGAUCAGUCAUUUGUUUUUUUUUCAGGGUAAUAGUUAGUAGGUAGUUCUAACUAGUGAAAUAAUUUCUGAUAUAAAUUACCUUAAAAAUGUGCCCCAACAGCCCCAAACCAAAAUAAUUAUUGUUUUGCCGGCAUUCUCGAUUUUAAGCAAUUUGGGAAGUAUUUAUAGGAUUCUAUAUACAAACACAAAAUAUUUUUCUGACAAAAUUAUUUUUCUGCGGUGGUCUGCAAUAUCUAAUGCACUCCGUGACCUACAUAGUAAGCGAUAGGUAAGCAGUGACCUAGCCACUAUAGGGACAGUCGAUGCCCUACUGGCAUACUUCUAAAACCGCGCAUGCUCCCGGGAAAUGAAUGGUCCUAGCCACGCCAGUUACCGGGAAACCCAACUUCCUUUUUCCGCUGCAAGAUUUCACCCAUAAAACGACACUGUGUACAUUGUUUUUCUUAUUCUUGGGUUAUUGAUAUUGCCUAAUAACUGAUAAAAACUGUGUACUUAACCAAAUGAAUACUCCAAAAAAUAUUUAAUUUAUAUUUAGAACGUAGUAUCAUUACAUACUAAUUGAGCAUUAAACUAUUUCCCAUUUUAUUGGAAAUUAUGAGAGAUUUUAACUGGCAACAUCAAUUUGUUGUUUCACUUGAAGAAAAAUGGCCGUCGAACGUAACGUCAAAACUCCUUGGUGUAUCAACGAAAACGUGUGAUUAUUUUCAAGUAAAUCGAGACGAAUUAUCGUGAAUUGCGGCUAAGUGACGUGCAAGUGUUUGUGUUUUAUUCUUCAUCGGAAUAUUUAGUAAAUGGUGGCGUACGACUUACAAUUGCACAGGCGAAUUUGAUGCACAAUGUGAGGGCGCGGUGAUGUGGGGCGAGCAGGCCGGCUGGUGGUGCGGCGCGCUGGCGGCCGCGCUGCUGGUGCUCCUGGCUAUCUGUCGACGCGCCGUUAAAAAGGCGCCCGACCACGGAGCAUUGCAAGUUACGCAGGUUCACAUAGUCUACGAAGGAGCGACGCGUUUUUCCCGCGCAGCCAGACUUCCUUUCGCCCGCGCCGCACUCACCACCGCGCCUGCGCCCCCGCACACACUCGCACACAAGUCUACGCAGGCCAAAUCUACUCCAACACAGAUUAUCAUUGUACAAAACUUCACACAGAACACAGUACCUCACGGCACGGAACAACAACCCUCCAGCUCAAAGGGACCCAGACAUCCAGCUCCUGCAUUUCGAGGCAUACCUAAAUUGCCCCUGCCUGAACAGUGGAUUCAUAAACGGCCAUUUGAAUUCAGAUACGCGGCGUUACCCCGACCGUUAGCGCAAAUCGUCAACACAGAAUUAGGCGUUGAUUUGUCGCGAGAUACGCGCGCGAAGAAAUACAGCGCCACCAGAUCUCCAUCCCUUGAAAAAGACGAAAAAUCUCCCUUUAUUACUAGCGCAAAAUCCGAUAAGUCAGACGUGUUCGGUUUCGAUCCAGACGCUUUAAAAAGGCUGUGCGAAGCAGCUGAAGAUUUGAAGGAAAUGGGGGAAAGACCACCAAUUUCUCCACGGGAUGUCGAUAAAGAUAUCUCUCCCGGUAACCUUCGAAGGUUCAGAUCUGUAAGCACGAGACUUAAUAUGUGCAGUUGCAAUGAAACACCGCCAUUGGAUGGCCCACAAGAGAAAUCGGAAAUACAAAACUCUCCGCUUUCAUUAGAAUGUAGUUCGGCAAAAGAAAAGUCAUCUGCAACAAAGUUUGACUUCUCACCGAAACUCUUAGCAGAAAAUAUCAGUUCCCCCCGUUUUUUUACUCCCCCAGAAAUGGUUUCACCAAUGUUCUUCGCUGAACCAUCCCCAAAAUCGGUAUACUAUGAUACUGUUAGAUCGCCAAAAUUCUUUCCUGAAACCCCCCGAGAAGUCGAAGUUCCUCAGUCGCCAAGGUUGUUAAGUGACAACGUACGAACAAAUGGGUUAGCUGAAAAGCCAAAUUCUCCGAAAAUUCAUAGUGCUAGACCUAGCCCUAGAGUUCCUAGCUAUAAUAAAGAAAACUACUUCACAUUUGACAAUGUAAGUAUCGUUGAAGAAAGUGCUGCUAGAAUCUCUCCAAGACCGAAAAAAUAUGGUGGUAGAAACUCCAUAGAACGAGAACGAUUUACGCCACCAGCGGUUGAUAAAGAAAUUAAAAAAUACAGAAGGCACAAUAGCUGUGAUACUAAUUAUAAAAAUGGCAAAGUAAACAUUCAGAAAUUGGACGAAUCAAAUAGUGAUUCUUCAAAUACUAUUACAGUUAUUGAAAAAGAUGUCGUAGAUUGUUGUGCCAAAGUAGAUUGUCUCGAUAUGGAAACAAAAGUUAAUCAAGAGUCAGAAAAAUACGAAUUAACACCUAAUUUGAACACAGCAUACGCAAGGCGACAAAGAUUAAAAUCGAUUUCUCUAGAUUCUGAUAACGCCAAAAUCAUUGAACAAAACCUCGGUUUACCUAUCGCUAAGCAAAUGAAAGAUCAAAUGAAUGAAGCUUAUAAAAAUCAAGAUGUUAGUACGUCUUGCGAAGAUGUUGACCGUUUUCCAAAAACUCCAUGUAAAGAAAAACCAGCUUUCAAAUUCGACAUUGGCCAAAAAAUUGAUUUAGAUUCAGAAGACCCUAAAUCACCAGAUCUCAAACAGAAGAAGUGUCUUAGACAAAGUUCAGAUACGCAAUCAUUUUUAGAUAUGCCUAGAUUUUCUCCUAAGGAAUUCGAAAUAACAGUAACAACAGAUGAUGGAGCAACCACAUCUGCUGAUACGGAUUUGAAACGAAAAGGCAAAAACUUGCGAAACUUAACGAUCGAUUUAACAAAGCGAGACAGUGAUCUUGAAAAGGAAUUGCUAGAAUUCGAAAAGUUAUAUUCCGACGCCAACGAAAAUAAGGUUCGAACUCCGACUUUGAAAAUUAAAGCAACAUCCUUAGAUUCUUCAGAUCCAGAUCCAACAUCAGCCCUUCCAAAGAAAUCUUUAGAAGUUCCUCAAAACUCUAUAUCGGUUCCUAACACUCCGAAGAGGCAAAUAAAACGCAUCCUAGCCCAAAAAACUGUAAAGCACGAUAUGACUGGGGCGAAAUUCGGCUACAGCUCUCUACAGGGAAACGCUGAGCAGCGCAGAUUGCUCAUGAAAGGUCAAGAUAGUGGCAUCUUUUUGCGGGAGAAUCAUGCUAAUCUAAUGCUUUAUCAACCGAGUACAUCAAGAACUCGAACCAUGGGCUCAUUUGACGAAAACAUGGUCGAUAUUUCCGUAGAUGUUGAUAAACCUGGCAUACAGUUGGAUACAGGACAGACUUUAGGUGCUAACUUAUUAAACUACAAGCAGAAUUUAAGUGUCUCCAGCACUAAUUUAAAAACUCUCCCAGAAGGCGUACCUAGCGAUGAUUUCGAACCAAGUGCAGAAGAUGAAAAAUUAGCAAAGAAAUUACACCGACGUAAUUCUAAUCAAAGUCUAAAGUUGAGCACACAUAGCUUACAGAGCUCGAACUGUUCUCUCAGCAGUACUGGCACGUCAUGUCAUAACUUAGCAACAGUCCGAACUAGUCUAUCUAACUUUAGUAUCAACUCUGAUGGCCGACAAAAGAAGCUAUCACUCGAAAGGCGCGAUUCCAACGCUUCAAUAAUUCCCAUGGAGCACAUUACACCCACAACUCGUGUUAUUUGUUCAUCAAACACCAAUUUAACCGGAGAAACUCAGAAAAAUUGUCUACUUCAGCGUCGUGGAUCUAACAACAGUCUUACCUUGAAUAUUCAUUCAAAUAAUCUCAGCAGACAUUCAAGCAACAGUUCGUUAAACAAAGAAGCAAAACUCCAGAAAAAGGGACUUUUAGAACGACGAAGUUCAAAUACGUCUCUGACUUUAAACAUUAAUAAUUCUAAUCCACAAUUAUCAACAAACCGCGCUUUGAGCAUUUCUAAUUAUAACUUAAAUGGGUCAACAUGCAAUUUAAGUAGAUACAACAGUAACCAUAGCAUAGACAAUCCGGAGCCUCGAAAAGGUAUACUCGAAAGACGAAGUUCUAAUACGUCUCUCACACUAAAUAUACAACCACAGGAGCCUAGAGAUUUGGAAAUCGACGAAUCGUUAAUAGAAGCCAAUUUGAAAGACUUACCACAUCGAGAUAAACACAGAAAGUCCUUGAGUACAGAGAAUUUAAUACCCAAAUCAUAUAAAAAUCGAAUAAGAAGCUCCACAGAUAAGAGCAUUAGUUUUGGUUCUCAUGACAAUUUGUGGUCGGCAUCAUAUGACCCAGACUACCCGCAAAAUUUAACUUUUGUGUGUGGUGAUCAGGAAAACGAGAUAAUAUAUGCAUUUGGACGUCAAGAAGAACCAAAUUUCCAAGCGAGUUUUGUCCGAAAUAUCACCACGAAGCCGUUAAGUCCGCAAAGUACCUCAGAGGAUUUCAGACUUUAUUUGGCGAAUAUGCAACAUCUACAAAACGCCUCUAGUGUUCUAACGCGGCAACAGUUGAGAGAUUUGAACGAUGUUUUUCAAAAUGGCUAUUCAAAGGUCCGCUGCGAUGGUUCAAACGAAGGGCAACAUUGUUGCUCCGGUCGAGUUGAAGAUUUGUCCAAAGAAAACCCUCAAAUGUCAAUACCGGAACCUGUGGUAACUCAACCGUGCUCUGAGUACCAGAAAAUGUUGUUGAGGAAUCUCCAUCAAGAGUUUUGGGAUAUGCCAACAAAUUUUCAGGAAAAACCAAUUGUGUCUGGGUCACAUCCAAAGAAUAGGUAUAAAACCAUUUUACCUAAUGAACAUUCAAGGUUUAUACUACGGGCUGAAUAUCGAGGAGUCGAAGGAUAUAUCAAUGCCAAUUUUAUAAAGGGGCACGAGUAUACCAAAAACAGUUAUGUCGCUACUCAGGGACCAUUACCAAACACAAUUUAUGACUUUUGGUUAAUGGUCCUUCAGAACAACAUCGACUUUCUCUCCCUAAGACCCAACUGUGGACCGGUUAUCCAAAAAAUAGUCAUGCUCACCAAUUUCAUAGAAAACAACAGGCAAAAGUGUGAAAAGUACUUUCCACUUGAAAUCAAUGAGGACAUAACUAUAGAAAAGCCUGACAGUCCUGAUUGCGAAGAUAAAUUUAUUUUUCAAAUUAAAAACCUUGGUAUUGUCAAGAAGACCGGUUACACGAUACGAAAACUUGAUGUUCAAUACUUAAAAAAGAAAAUCGAAGCUAUAAGUUAUACAAGUGAUUGUGAUGAAAGUGAAAGUGAGACGAGAGAUACAGAUAAAGGUGUAAUAGUGUACCACUAUUGGUUCCACAAUUGGGCGGACCAUAAGUGCCCAAAGGAUGUUAAUGCAUUACUUAAUCUAAGCUUAGACGUUUUACAAAACGAAAUGUAUGACUUUAACGUUAGCACUGACCUAAGUGAUGAAGCUAAGUGUAAAUGUGACAGUUUAACAAGUCAACCCGACUCUAAAUUCGUGUUUCCUCCCCUACAGUCACGUUCCCCUUGUCCUAUAGAAAUCAAUGUUUCCGCCCCUUUCAAUUUUUCUUCUGAUACCCUGUCUCCUCCUACUGUAGUGCAUUGCUCAGCUGGUAUUGGUCGAACUGGCUGUUUGAUAGCCAUACUUAAUGGAAUAAAACAGCUUACUAAUGAGCAAAAAGUUGAUGUUUUAGGAAUAGUUUGCAAUAUGAGAUUAAAUAGAGGCGGUAUGGUUCAAAAUUCAGAGCAAUACGAGCUUAUACAUAAAGUCUUGUGUUUAUAUGAGCAAGCUUGUUUGCCGGAGUUAUAGCUUAUGAAAGCAUAAUUUUCUACCUGUGUCAAAACUGCUAAAUAUUUUGUACCUUAACUUAAUUUUUUAUGAUGGCAAGUUGGUGUUGUCUAUGAGCAGAGCUUGGUCAUUUACAAUUAUUUUUGGGCAUUAGAUUAGGUAAUAGUUUUAAUAUGAAUACCUUUUGCACAAAUCCUAUAUAAUUUAAGUGACUUGUUGUAUAUUUUAGUUAUAAAAUGACAUUACUAUUAUAUUUAUUCUGCUAGGUAGAACAUAUAUUGAUGUUAUUAUUUAUUUUAUAUUUUUUAUAGUUAUUAACAUUUAGUCAUUAAUGUAAAUAUGUGUGUCUAAUAUAUUGAUGUAUACAUUAGUUAUAUAAAACAUGCUUUGGUUGUGAUUGGAGCUACUAAAACUUAAGAAUCAGACUGAUUUUCUUUUUUUAGAGAUAGACCCCGGUCUACUCUGAAUAUCAUUAACAAUUUUCAACAAUUGGCUAAUGAUUUGGCAUCCCCUGAAACGUGGUACGCCAAUGUCGCAAACUUUAUUAUAUAGUAAGCUUCCUGCAGUAGAAAUAUUUUUAAUUCUAUUGUAGAUUAGUAUUGCUAUUAAAAGUAGUCCUUUAAAUUAGAUGACUCAACUGGACUAGAUAUAAUAUUAUUUGACAUGUAUUCAGUUCCUAUUCUAUUGUAUCUACAACAGAUUAUAAAUGUUUUUUUUUUAUAUAACCUAUAUUUCAGAAUUAUUUUUAAAAAGCUGAAAUAAACAUCAUAAUACAACGAAGAUAGGAUAACUAGUGAAGAGAAUACCCUACCACUAGUUAGUUUAUGUUAUAUCGAAUGAGAAAAGUUUUUGUCUUAGACAACACUUACGUAGAGUUUGUCAACAUUCUAGUCAUCUUGUGAGGGUCAAAAUUAUUAUUUUCAAUUCUUCGUCAUACAACUUUAAAAUUGAAAGAAAAGUGAAACUACAAUUAAUCAAAUCAAAUUAUGAAAAGCUUAGUUAAGUUUAACUUUAAAAAACGCCGAAAAGGACUCUUUAUGUCACUUUCAUUUCAAAUUAUUAUCGUUUUCUAAAUUCUAUUGGAUUGGAUUCUAUAUACAUAUAUAAGUUUUUACUCUAUUUAAUCACAACCAAAUCACAUGAUUUUAUAAUGUACUGUUUUAAUAUAAUUUAAACGCCGUAAAUAUGCAAUAUAGUACAAAGAUUUUAUAUGUAUAAACACUAUCCUACACAAAGUGAAAUUUUUAUACCUUCUAUAUAGGCUAAUUUGAUAAAUUAACAAAACAGAUAUAUCAAACUCUUAUAUACAUAUUAACAUUUUCUUUUUCUACCUUUACUAUUUUGUCACCUAAAAAAUGUACCUCAGAAAAUUAGAAUUGGUAUAGAUUAUUAAGCCUGAUAUAAUAACAAUUUAAUACACAUUUUAUAAGCUUUUGUUUAUUUGAAAUUAGAAUGAAAAGUAGCUCGUGUUGUUAUCUAAAUAAUUUGUUUAUUCGAAACUAUUAAAACCGGUAGUAUGGGUGAUGUUCAGAAACGCUAACAAUGACUACCAUGUGUCAAAACUCAAUGCAGUUUUGAUGUACGGAAGUCUGACUUAGCCCUAAGUCUCGGAGUCUUACCCUAAAACAUUGAUUUAAUAUUCUAUUACUAGUAGUAAUUGCUACGAGUCGUAAAUUUUCGUUUGUUCCAUACGUGGCGCUUAGCAUUUAGCUGACCUUAGUAAGUUUUUAAUGAUCGACAUCAAUGUUUAUAUUACACAGUUAAUUGUCUAGUAGAAUCUUUUUAUGUUUGUAAAAUAUCAACUAUUAUAUUAAAUAUUUUUAAAUUUAUUUAUAUUUUAUUUUGCACCUUUUUGUUGUAGCUUUAUUGCGAUAAUUCUACUUUCCUAUUGCGUAUUUAAGAUUGUUACCUUGAAGUCCUUUGAGUUGGUUUGUAUGUGAACCGGAUUCAUUCUCGUAUAUAAUGACCUGUAGGGUGAUUCUGUAACCUCGAACUGAUUUCGGUUUUAACGUCACCUGCUACAUGAAAGUAAAAUACAUCACAUCUAUAAUUGACAUUUACAGACUGGUGUCUGUAAUAAGAUAACUACUAAAACCUCCUUGAAAUGCACUCCGACAUUGAUGGAUAUAAACUGAGUUAUAAUUUUACUGGUUCCUUUAGUUUAUUGAAUUUUUACGAUUAUUACUUGGAUGAGAUUGAUCAAUUACGGUUAUUGUUAUUCAUUAUCUUAAAAGGCGAACAUUAUCCAUGGUUUAUUUUAGUUUAAGCAAUACGCUAAUUAGCCCUUCGAACACAAGGUAUGAAAUGAAAUUCCGUAUGACCAUAACACAAGUGAAUUUGUUUUUUGAUAAGCAUUCCACAGUUUACAUUAUAUAUAAAGUUUUAUGCCACCUUUUUGAAAGUUGAUUGAUAAAUGGUUCUAAUCCCCUUAAAUUUAUUUAUGCGCUUUGGAAAGGAACGUUUUCGGUAUAUUGUAAUAAGUCGCAUUAAAGAUGAAGACUUUCAGAGAUAGGAUAUUUGUUAUUUGGCCCUAACGAUUUGCUUGUCACUGGUAGUCAAAAAUUCUCGUGUUCGGUAGCCUCUAUACUGGAACUUACAUAAAAUUUUAUCGACGCAGUUGUAAGCAUACAUAACUUUUUACUAUAAUCAUACCUAAAGGGUUCUUCGUAAGGUUAUCUUUAGACCAUUCUUUUUUAUCCAAAAAGUUUGUAAUACUAUUUUUAUUAUAGGUAUAAAUCAUUAUGUAUUUAUAUUAUGUAAAUAAGUACAGGGUGUCUUAGCAUAGUAUUUGAAAUGAAACGUCCCAACAAUAAUAACAUCGAUUCAGGGUGGGGGUUUAUUAUCCGUAACAGUUCGUGAUUAUUUUUAGAGUACAUAAAAAUCCAUUUAUGUAUUGCGUUUAUACCUACGUAGUCCACGCUCUCUGCGCCAUAGCGUCUUAUAGCAGUGUCGAUUAUUUGAGACUAGAUGCGACUUGACAUGGGUUAGACAACAUGUGUAGCGCAGGCGAAAGCGGAACACACUUUGUCCAAUGUUAAAAAACAUUUUGUCUCCAAUUCGAUAAAAAAAUGUUCCAGCUGAGACUAAAUUUAUUACGUAUUAAGCUUUUUUAGACAUGUAGUGUCUUUUUUAUUGAACAAUCCGAAAAUAACUACUGAAUUUAAAUAAUAUGAGUAGGCAG